AAACAAGGUUUCGAGAAGAAAAAAAACUAACUGAAGCAAAAGAAAUGUUAUCUUAAAAGUAAAAUUUAUAACUUGCAAACAAGAUUGGUCUUUUGAUAAUGUUUUCCUUUGUUUACGCUGCCUGACUUUGCGGUUACGCUGCCAGCUUUUUCGCUUGCGCUGUUUGACUUUGCGGUUACGCUGCCAGCUUUUUCGCUUGCGCUGUUUGACUUUGCGGUUACGUUGCCAGCUUUCUCGCUUGCGCUCCCUGACUUUUUGCUUACAAUUCUGACACAAACCUCUCGCGUGGGCGGCUUUUUUCAUGGACGCGUCCCCAUUGGCUAAUAAGUUUUUGACUGACAGGUCAAUGCCACUGACAUUUUUAAUUAACAGCGGGACUGGAUUGAUAUUCACUACCCACUAACUAAUUUUUACUGGAUCCGACAACAAGAUUAACAAAGUGUAAAUGGUAAUGUUGUUUGUGCUGCACUAUACAUUUUAUUGUGCUAAAUUAGAAGUAAAGUUAAGCUUUGCUAUGUAUUUUAGCUUUUACCUAUUUAACGGUUGCAUGCGUUACUGGGUCAAGAAAACUCCUACAAACAAGAGCACGUACAUGUCUGGGUUUUGUUUACACUGAUUGUGUAAGCUGCAACCUUUUAUUUUGUGAUGUGAGAGAGUUUUCACUGAGGAAAUAGGAUAAAAAUACAUUUCGAUCUUCAGUUCAUGAAUAACUGCAAAUUGGGGUAAGCAGUGACUUUGUAAAUUACAAAUGUCACUUGUUUUCUAAUUUUGAUUGCUACUGUAAGAACGUGUCUUUAUAAACAUAUGCAAACUGUCGGUAGACUGUUGGUCUUUUAACAUUUUUCACUACCUUUAUGAAAAAUUUUUUGGAAGACUGUAUACAAAGCAGUCGUUUUAAUUAUUAUGUUUCACAAAAUACAUGUCGUAAAAUAGCUUAAAAUAGUAUAGAUUGUAUUUACUGAAAAGAAGAUGUAAAAUAUUAACUUUUUCACGAAAACACGUAUAAUUCACAUAAAUGAUGCAACUUACGUGUUGAAAAAUGUGAAGUUGCAACACAAAAUAAACGAAAAUAAAAGCAGAGCCACGGUAUGUUUCCCAAAAGCAUAGUUGCUCAUUAUGUUAGCGGCUUACAUAUUUGCUAAAGGGAGCUUUUGGAAAAUGUGCCCCUCAAUGGGUUGUAUUAUACUGGGGAAUGAGUAGUAACGGCAGGAAGAAAAAACCCAAAUCUAAGUUUCUUUUGUAUACCUUUGGUUCGUAAAACACAUUUCAGUCAUUUCAAAUAUAAGUUUGUCAUUUAUUUUUUCCUAUCAAGGCCACAAUAAAAAUGUUGCCACCAGCAACAGUGCCCGAGAAUGUAUUCAGAAGUACUUUCCCCAUCGAAAGUGCUUCGUCUUCGAUACGCCUGUCCACAGGGACAAGCUGAAGAUUAUUGAUCAGCUGAGUGAUUCUGACCUGGAAGAAAGGUUUGUUAAGCAAGCUACAGAGUUCUGCAGUUAUGUUCUUGGAAAUUCCCUGGUGAAAACCAUCAAAGGAGGAAUUAAAGUCACUGGGAGAUUGCUGGCUAAGCUGGUGAUGAUGUAUGUGGAUACCAUUAAAAGUGGGAAGGUUCCUUGCCUGGAGAAUGCCGUGGUAGCUCUAGCUCAGACGGAAAACUCAAAAGCAGUAGAGGAGGCACACAGCCUCUACAAGCAGCUGCUGAGCGAGUGGACAGUGUUACACACUGAGACACAGGAGGAGCUUUCGAAUGUCCAUGAAAUCUGCCUGAAGGAGGCACUAGAGCUCUUCCUUGAUCGCUCAUUCAAAGAUGAUGAUCAGCGCUUCCAAACACAGCUCAUGGAUCUUGUAAGAAAUGAGUAUGAUAAGAAGUGUCAGGAGAAUGAGGAGCUCUCCCUGAAUUACUGUACUGCUCUGCUUAGCCAACUGGGGGCUACUUUGAAGCUAGAUUAUUAUCUGACACCAGGCGGUUAUCAAUACUUCCAGAAAGACCUGGAAGCUUUAAUUUUCCAGUACAGAAAUACAAAAGGCAGAGGCAUCAAGGCAGAACAGGCUUUGGAAGAAUACCUGGCUAAAACCAAUGAACUGGGCAGAACGUUACUGCUGGCAGACAGAAGUCUCUCUGAACAACAAAAGCUUAUUGAAGAGCAACAAGCCUAUGCUAAGAUGCAGGAGGUGAACGCAAAGGCUGCAGAAUUAAAGAUGGCAGCUAUGGAGAGGAGAAUUGAGGAUGUGAAGAGAGCACAAGAAGAAAAUAUGAGGCAGCUGAAGAAAAAAAUUGAGAGAGAACAUCAGCGAGUUCUUCAGCAGAAGCUGAGGGAGCAGAAUGCCAUGCUGCAGCAGGGCUUUGACGCAAAUGCGAGACAAAUGCAGGGAGAGAUUGACCAGCUGCGACGUGAGAUGAGCCAAGUGCAAAUCAGAAGCAGAGGCGGGGGGGGGUGUACUAUCUCCUAAUGAAAGGUUGUAUGAAAUAAAUAAAUGAAAUAAAAGGCCAAGGUAUGAAGCAAUCAAGGUUAAUUUUUCAAAGAAUGAUUUUGGAGAACAGAUUAUAAAAUAGAAAAGAAUAGAAUAGAAUGUACAUGUUCACUGAACUUUAUCUUUGUUUCAGUGGAAGUAUAUCAGCAUAGUGUAAUACCCAUAAUUCAUUAGAUUUAUGAAUUAAUUAAUUAGAUUAAUUAAUGAAUUACAGAGAGAUAUAUUUGCACACGGAAAAGAAGCUGAUCACAGGUAUAAAUGACUGCCCAUGAGUAAAAAUAAUAUGCAAUGCAGUCUAAGUAUAUGGGCAGUGAAACAUAAUUUUUUUUUUUAUUAUUUUGUCUCUGUAGACCGUCACAAUGGAUUUGAAAUGAAACAAUGAAUAUUUUCUUAAAAUGCAGACUGUCAGCUUUAAUUUACAGUCAUGCACAGCUAUAUUGGGGGACAUGCUGGUAUUAUAACCGUUUGUUUAAUGAGAUGGGCUGCAGGGUGGCCACUGGUUAACCCAGGAUGUACAGUGAAGCACAUAGAUUUCUGAUUUACAACAGAAGAUGCCAAAUGGGAAGCCCAGUGGAGGAUUACCGGCAUCUCAUGACUUGGUAUUUGCAGAUAGACAGAACCUGAUGAAAGAUAAAGAGUGGAACUGACCUCUGAAUUUGCAUUUGCAUGCUGAGCUCCAAUAUAUGGGAGAAGAUGAAAGAUAUGUGAAGUAAAAACUGCAUAUUUUGCCAUCAAACCACCCAUUUGAUCAUAAUACUUAUUGAAUAUUGAAAAUUUGUUUGUGUUCUUAAACAUAUAUCAAUAUACAUAUAUGGAUUGACAUAACUGGUAUGCAAAUAUGUAUUUGUGGUAUAAAGCAGAGGUAGGCAGCCCUGAUCCUGCAGUGCCGGUAUCCAGCAUGUUUUCUGUCCUACCUGAUGAGUUACUAUCUGCCUGAGAUCAGAAGUGGUUCCUCAGAACCAGGUAGGAUGGAAAACCUGCUGGGUACCAGCACUCCAGGAUCAGGGUUGCCCACCCCUAGUAUCAAGGUUAAAAUGCACAGUUAUUUGUUGACUCAAUAAACAGACUGUUUUCAAAAUAA